UGAAUAAAUGGAGGUUGAGGUUGAAACAAGCUGCUGUUACUGGUUUAAGAGACCGUUCCAUUUCUUACGUUGGCAAUUUUCUCAACUGAGUGUUCUUUUGAAGCUGCAAGAUGAAGUACAAGGUAACUGUGGCAGUUGGAACUUCUAAGUAUUCAGGAACCAGAAACUGCGUGUAUGUGACCUUGGUGGGCAAGAAGGGCAAAAGUGAGAGGACCAUACUGGACAAUUUUGGUCUGGAUCUCUGUAGAGGAGCUACAGAUGAGUACAUAGUGUGCAGUGAUGCCUCCCUUGGCCAGUUGCUUCUGGUAAGCCUAGAAAAGCAAAGCCACUGGGUGGAGGACAGCUUCUUCUGUCGCUAUGUAACUGUGAAGACUCCAGAUGGCAGCGGUGUAUUUGCCUUCCCCUGUUACCGCUGGCUCACUGGAGAUGUGGUCUUGGAGCUGCGAGAGGGCACAGCAAAGAAGCUCAGUGAUGAUUCCUUACCACUGUUAUUGGCACACAGAGCAAGAGAGCUGCAAGAAAGACAGAAAAUAUACCGGUGGAAGUCAUUUGCCCCAGAUAUGCCCAAAUGCAUUGAUGUUGAAACAGAGAAAGACCUCCCUGCGGAUGUGCGUUUUGAUGAUGAGAAAAGAAGUGACUUUAAAUCUUCACUGUAUAUCGCGUUGGGAGAGCUGGCCCUGAAGGAACUAUCCAUAAAAUUUGGAGAGUCUUGGGAUGAUCUUGAUGACUUCAAGCGCACAUAUUGGAAAAUUAGAAGUCCUGUUUCUGAGUAUGCAAUGAACCACUGGACAGAGGACUGGUUCUUUGGCUACCAGUUCCUGAAUGGCCCAAACCCACGCUUUAUCAGACGCUGCUCUGAGGUGCCAGCAAACUUUCCUGUCACAGCAGACAUGGUGCAGAGCACUCUGGGGGAACACACCUCGCUGGACCAAGAGAUUAAGGCAGGAAAUAUAUACCAAGUGGAUUACGCCAUUUUGGAUGGUAUACCUCCCAAUGUGAUAGAAGGCGUGAAACAGUAUUUGGCUGCUCCCCUCUGUCUCCUCUAUGACCAUCCUGAGCGUGGAUUCAUCCCUCUGGCAAUACAGUUGGGACAGACUUCAGGUGUGGACACACCUAUAUUCUUGCCUAGCGACCCACCUUUGGCCUGGCUCCUGGCCAAAAUCUGGGUUCGUCAUGCAGAGUUCCAGGUGUUCCAGGUGCUGUCUCACCUGCUGCGUACUCACCUGUUGAUAGAAGUGUUCUGUAUGACUACACACCGCCAGCUGCCUGCUGUGCACCCUAUCUACAAGCUGCUAAGCCCUCAUCUGCGCUAUACCCUGGAGAUAAACGCUCGAGGACGGAUUCAGCUCAUGUCUUCUGACGGAGUCAUGGCAAAGGUGGCAUCCACAGGUGGGGAAGGACUUAUGAUCCUGGCUCAGCGGGAGUAUAAGUUUCUGACAUACAGAUCCCUCCAACCAAAGCUUGAUUUCCAUGACCGUGGUGUAACAAAGUUGAAAGGCUACCACUACAUGGAGGACAGCAUGAUGAUGUGGGAUUCCAUCCACAGAUUUGUCUCAGGUGUGGUGUCUCUGUAUUAUGCCAGUGACGCCGAGGUGCUCCACGACUCUGAGCUUCAGGCCUGGGUACAGGACAUUACUCAGGAGGGAUAUGAGCAUAUCCCUAAAUUUGGUUUAUCAAGUGAGCUGACGAGCAGGGAGGAGCUGAUCACCCUUCUGAGUGUGGUGAUCUUCACCGCUUCUGCACAGCAUGCUGCCACAAAUAAUGGACAGUUUGACUGGUGUGCCUGGGUUCCCAACACCCCCUGCACCAUGCGCUGCCCUCCUCCGAUUGACAAGGAUGCAGUCACCAUGGAGAUGAUCAUGAACAGCCUCCCUGAUAUGAGCCAAACCUGUUUCGAGAUGGCAUUUGCUUGGCAUUUGAGCCGACCCCAGCCUGAUGCGAUCCCCAUCGGUCAGUAUGUGGAAGAGCACUUUACUGAACCUCAGGCACAGGAGCUGAUAAAAAGCUUCCAACAGGAGCUGCAUGACAUAGAGAAGAAGAUCAUGAAGAAGAAUGAAGGUCUGGAGUUGCAGUACCUGUACUUGUGUCCCAGCCGCAUAGAGAACAGCAUUACCAUAUAGAUUCCAUAGUCAAAUUCAUUCAUUCAGUUAAAAUAAAUCAAUUGGUUAGCCCCAGAUUUGUAAACUGACAGGACACAGCUGAUAAUUCAGCCACAAUUUCCAAAGAAGUAUUGGUAAGCCAUCAAAGCCCUUAUGUGAGUUUUAAAUUAAAGUGAUUACCUUGUCUGUUACCCUCUGACAGUCUGCAGUAUUUAGACAAUCUUGGGACUAUUUCACAGUACUUUCUAUAGGACUGAAUAGUAACUGGCCCCCCACCUAAACAUUAUCAAUAUGUAUGAUAGUCCUUUAUAAAGGUACAGUAUGUAGGGUCAAUGAAAUAAAGUGAAAUGAGGACCAUAAAAUCAA